AAGAAAUGCAGCUGAAGAUGACGAAGAUGGAGCGUCCCUUGUAACAGGUACAGGGUCGUCAUCACGUCGAAAGAACAAGCAAAAAAGCACUGUUGAGUCAGAUUCAGACGAGGAGUGGGACCAAGUUCCGCUCGAUGCGCAGACGGACAGCGAAGAUGAGGAAGACAAGGAAGAUAAAACAGCAGUAGGGGCGGUUUCUGAUGUGGUGCAAGACACGACAUCGUCAAAAAAUACACUAAAUAAAUCUUCCAAGGAUCAUCAUAGAGAAGCUGAAGCCGCAGACGAAGACGAUGAAGAGGAGGAAGGUGGUAGCAGCGACAAUGACGAUUUUGAUUUUCUGACUGAACAGUUUAAGGCAGGAAACGAAAAAGAUUUGGCUGCUGAGGAUGAAACGGAAUGGGUCAAGGAGUCAGCAGCACCGAAAAAGAAGUCCAAGAAGAGGGCACGCGAGCGCGACGAGGACGAGACGAAAGUCAACGAAAAGACUUCUACAGCUACAUCCUCAGUUGCUGCCGCCGGUCUCAACGAGGAUGCGUUUUCGGGUGCUUCCGACGAGGAGGAAGAAGUUAGCGAUGUCGAGGGAGACGACCUGGAUAGUGAGGAUGAGGAAGCUCCGCGUGAUGCUGCAUCCUCAAGUGAAGAUGAAGAAAACGAGGACGAUGAUAUCAACAACAUUGCUGCAAGUCCUCGGAUUCAGACAGCUUAUGCCAGGUCAUCUUCGACCGUGGAUGCGAUGCAAAAUGGCAAGCACGAGGAGGAUUUGCCAUUUCGUGUGCCCCUUGAUAGCCUUGUGGACCUCUUGCGAGAACACGCACCUCAAAUAAUUAUGAGAAAGGGAUCCUCCUUCUCGUCGUCUACAAGCCGACAACAGCCAGCUGCAAGCUCAAAGAAAAUGUUGAGAGUUCAAGCAACGAAAGUUGUGAAGUUGGCGAAGCGUGCGAUUCUUUCCUCACCGCGUCAGCCCGACGAAGACGCAGCAGCCAGCGAGGUGAUUGCUGUGUUGUUACAAGAGAUCUGGGACCAAAUGACGAAAUCUGGAUCUUUUGCACUGGUGUACGCCAUCGAGCCCUUCCUUUUGGAGUUAAUCUCUGGCGUGGCCCUUGCAGAUCUGAGCAUUUCUGGUGCCGCGUCUUCGACGACCGCACAGCAGACUUCCAGUGUCGCGUACACCUGGUUUUCCGGUAAAAUGCAUGCUUUAGUUGGAUACUUCGACUUUCACGGCAAGAGCAAGGUUCGGACGUUGACACAGGAAGGAUUCUUCUCGUCGCUGUAUUUGGCGAAACUGAUGCUCCACUUUUUUCCGACGACAGACGUGCGCCACCCGCUGGUCUCCCCGAUGCUGGUGCACCUAGACCGCUUAGCCAUGGGCUUUCGAAAACUCUUUCAGCGCGCUGACCUCAAGACACAGCGCGCGGCAGCAGUGUUCCUCCGUAACGUGUCCUUUGAAUACUCAAACUUCUCUGGAAGUGCGUCAGGCACAACUGGAGGUACUGAAGAAGACAUCAUGUCAACUCCUGUGGUUCCUACAACUUGUUCCGCAGACUCUACUGCCGAAGAUCGUAGUCGCUAUCUGCCUGGAUUCUUCGUCAUGGAGAGCCACGUCGCUGAACUGGAUGCAGCUCUUCGGAAACAGGAGCGCGCAAAAAAGUCUCUGAUGGUCGAGCGAAAAAACACUUCGCUGUCAUCAUCGCCUGCCUGCCUUCAUCCAGCGUCUGUGCAGUCAGCGGCUUCCGUUACUGUUCCUCAAGUACAAAAGCCAGUCUACUUAGAAAGUACAACCGCAGAAGAUGAAGAUGAAGAUGGUGAGAAUUUCGAGGCAAUGUCUUCGCAGCAAGUGUCCUCAACCACCUCGUCUACCGGUUUCACAUCGUGGUGCAACAGUUGCCCAUCGUGGGUGCGCCAUGUGCAGCCUGGUCGAGGAUCCUCCGGAUCUUCGUCGAAAACGCAGAAAAAGAACACCUCCACGACGUCAUUAGGAUCAACAUCUUCUUCUUCUCCGUCCUCUAAGGCUAAGAAUGUGUUCGAAGGUCGUGCGCUCUUUCCACUACAGUAUUUGAAGAAACCGUUAGUACAGAUACCGGUGUUGGACCCGGUAUUCCAUGACCCACGAGAUGGCGCACUGCCAAAGGGUGAUCCGAAUCGUAGUGGCGCGCGACGAUUGCAACGCGAGUAUCAGAAGGAACGAAGAAAUGCGGGUAAAGAACUCAGACGCGACGGAGACUUCUUGCGCUUGCACCAGGCUCAGCAAGACGCUCGCCGCGACAAGCGACAGGCAGCAGAGAGGAAGCGCGUGCGUGGCAUUAUGGGCGUAGAAGCCCAAGAAAUCGCAAAACUGAAAACCGAAAAUUCCACUAGCAUGGACACGAGCAUCAUAGAUACAGCAGCGAAGAGGAGAAGGAAGGAGAAAAAAAUGAACCCGAGGUUGGCGGGGAACAAAUUCUAGAUUUAGAUCUAUUCUUGAGCACGAGUAUGUAGAAGAACUAAAACUUCUUAAACCGACAAGAACACUUAAUCGAUUUCGAUGAAGAUGUGCGGUUGAACAUGAACAACAACGAUUCGUCUCGAAAAUCGUCCCUCCUCUUGAUUAUAUGCACCAUUCAUUCAUACAUCGACAUUGCGUCAGU